UAUGUUUAUCAUAUUUUUUAAUACCAUAUAGUACACAAUGUGGUAUGAAAAAUAUGAUAAACCUCGUAUACAUAUAAGAGCCAAGUGCAAGCACAGAGCUACACACCCACAAAGACAUAGCGAUGGAGGCAGCUAUAGUUUUAUACCCAUCACCACCAAUAGGCCACUUGGUCGCCAUGGUAGAGCUUGGCCAGCUCAUUCUCACUCGCCAUCCUUCUCUCAGCAUCCACAUCCUCAUCACCACGGCGCCCUACAGAGCCGAUGACACCGCCAAAUAUAUUGCCUCCGUCUCCACCACCAACCCCUCCCUCAUCUUCCACCACCUCUCCACCGUCUCCCUCCCUCCCUCCCUCACUUCCUCCUCCAACCACGAAUCCCUAACCUUGGAAAUCCUCCGCCUUAACAACCCCAACGUGCGCCAAGCCCUCCUCUCCAUCUCCACCAACUUCUCCGUCCGUGCUUUUGUCCUGGACUUCUUCUGCGCUAUCGGGCUCUCUGUCGCCGCCGACCUCAACAUCCCCGGCUACUUCUUCUUCACCUCUGGCGCUGCCAGCCUCGCCUCCUUCCUCUACUUCCCCACUCUCCACACCACCACCGACAAGAGCUUCAAAGAUCUCAACGCCCUUAUCAGCAUCCCAGGAGUGACGCCGGUGCCUUCCUCUGAUAUGGCAAAGCCAAUUCUUGAUCGCAACGACGUGGCGUAUCAAUGUUUCCUAGAGAACUCAAGGCAAUUCCCCAAAUCAGCUGGGAUUAUCAUAAACACGUAUGAAUCUCUGGAGCCCAGAGCCAUCAGAGCAAUCUCCGAUGGGCUGUGCUUGCCAGAAAAUGUUCCCACGCCGCCAAUCUACUGCAUAGGACCGUUAAUUAUUGCUCACAAUAACAAAGGUGGCGGCGGCGAUGAUGUGUCGGAGUGUUUGACUUGGCUUGAUUCACAACCAAUCGGAAGCGUGGUGUUCCUCUGUUUCGGAAGCUUGGGAUUGUUUUCAAAAAAGCAGUUGCAGGAGAUAGCCAUUGGGUUGGAGAGGAGCGGGCAGAGGUUUCUGUGGGUGGUCCGCAACCCGCCUGCUGAAAAAAACACCGGCGUUGCCAUCACGGAGCAACCGGACCCGGAGUUGGAGUCUUUGCUUCCGGAUGGGUUCUUGGGUAGGACCAAGAACAGGGGGCUGGUGGUGAAGUCGUGGGCCCCACAAGUGGCGGUGUUGAAUCACGAGUCAGUAGGCGGGUUCGUGUGCCACUGCGGGUGGAACUCGGUGUUGGAGGCGGUAUGUGCUGGGGUGCCGAUUGUGGCUUGGCCGCUGUACGCGGAGCAGAGAUUUAAUAGGAUCGUUCUGGUGGAGGAGAUCAAGAUUGCUUUGACGAUGGACGAGUCAGAGGACGGGUUUGUGAGUUGUGAUGUGGUGGAGAGGCGAGUUAGAGAGUUGAUGGACUCGGAGGAAGGCGACUCAGUGAGGAAGCGGACCAAGGCUCUGCAGAGGGAAGCCCAUGCUGCACUGGGUGAGGGCGGGUCGUCUCGGGUCGCGUUAACGGAACUGUUUGAAAAAUGGAACCAAUUGGGCUAAAAAGUUCAGUUCGUAUAGAUAUGAAUAUGAUCCGUUACACCCUCUCUUUAGCCUUAUCUCUUGUUGUAAAGCCCUCGUGACUCAUGACGGGUGGGGUGGGUGUUUCGCAUUCAACAUGACUUCCAGCUCCAGGGAGGAAUGUAACUCUGCUGCUGAUAUGCUUGCUUUUAUUGGGAUCUCCGAGAUUCUGGGUCUCCAUCUUUGGGACUCUCCCCUUGUUGCUGUGAGACAAUUAAUGUUUAAUGAUUUGUCUAGGGUUUUUACCCGUAGAUCUGUUGUUUAGUGUUUCUGUUGGGCUUUAAGCCUCCUUGUUACCAGAAAAAAAAAAAAAAAAAAAAAAACAGGUUUUGUUCAAUUACAUAAUUUGUGUUCAUGAGAUUCUCUCUCUCUCGCUACCGUAUUCACAUGGCUCCACCGCACGUGACGUAUGCCAUGACGUUAAGAAGAAUGAUAGGGAAGGGAUGUCAAUAGCCCAUUUGAAGUUGACGACGAUGUUCUCGGUCGUUGUACAUGACUUCCAGGUCAAAAUCCGUGUCACUUUUUUGGUUGUUGAAUGAAUUACUGACUACUGAGGUAUCUUAUAUCUGCUGUUGAAGGAAUUAUGUAAUCUUGUACAACCGAGUGUUGAAUGAAUCAAGGAGGACUUGUACACUCCAUUUAGAGGAAUAAACACUUACUCAAUCAA